CGUCCGUGGUAGAGUGUGUGGCGAGAGUGAGCAAACUGAAAGGCGAUAAAGUUUUGUUCGCGAGCAAUGUUUCUAAGUGCAAAGUGUUGUGGGUAACGUACAACCAAAAUAAUUUUCCCGCAAUCUCUGUAUAGCGCACGCCAAAGAAAGUGUAUCGAUCGACGUCGUGUAAACCAUUUAUUCACAAAGACAACAAAUACAGUGAGUGAGUGCAAGAGGAGGUGAGUGGAGGAGAAUCCGACAAGGAGUUAACAUGUCGGGAUUUGACGAAAAUCCCUUUGGCGAGCCCAACGUCAACAACGAUCCCUUCGCGGACCCAGCAGUACGUAAGGCAGCAAGUUCAAUACCAAACAGAGGCAUUGAAGACUAUAAUCCAUUUGCGGAUCAACCAACAGGAGGUGCUGGCAAUCAAGUCAGAGGAGCUUCCAAUCCACCUCUCUAUGGAGGCACUUCAACCACUCAACAACCAGCUAUGCUGCAAACCUCCAGCCAAGAGGCACCACCGCCCAACUAUUCACGUAGUGCUCAACAAAGCAUACCUCAGUCUAGCAGUGGGAUGUUCUCACCUACUAGUCAACCAUCUGAUGAGCCAUGGAAGAGGAAUGAACAAAACAUAAACAAUACACCUUACUAUCCAAGAAGAAACAAUUGGCCACCUCUGCCUGAAAAGUGUUGUGUACAGCCCUGUUUUUACCAAGAUAUUGAUGUUGAAAUACAAACUGAAUUUCAGAAAAUCGUCCGACAAUUGUACUACAUGUGGAUAUAUUACGGAUUAGUACUAAUAUUAAAUGUAAUUGGUGGACUGGUCUUAAUGUUAGCUGAAGGCAACGUUACUAUAUUUGGACUGGGUAUUCUGUAUGUUAUUAUGUUUACACCAUUCUCCUUUGUUUGCUGGUUUAGACCAGCAUAUCAAGCUUUUAAGAGUGACAGUUCCUUCAACUUUAUGGUAUUUUUCUUCGUAUUCUUUUUCCAAAUUGUAGUGACAAUCGUCCAAUCUAUUGGAAUUAAUAGCGUUGGAACAUGUGGUCUUAUUACUGCAAUUACAACAUUCAAGUCGGAUGCUAAAGGCAUGUUCUUGGGAAUACUUGUGCUGCUAAUUGCUAUCGCAUUUAUUACGGCAGCAGUAGGUGAAAUUAUUCUUCUUUCAAAGGUGCAUCGUAUCUACCGUACAACAGGCGCAAGCUAUCAAAAAGCCCAGCAAGAGUUCACUUCGACGUUUCUUCGUAACGAGCAUGUACAGGGUGCCGCUUCGAAUGUCGCCGCCACCGCUGUCCGUCAGCAAGUCAAUCAAAUGACGCAACCACGCUAUUAACUAAAUAAAUUGCCAGCAAAAAAAAACAAACACCUUACGAGUAACGGAUAAGAAUUAUAUUCAGGUAUACUGUAAGAGAAGAGCUUUUUUAAUUCAGAUAGAAAACACAAUCAGUUUGUGGUAAGCUUUUCGCGAAUUCAUCAUUUAAAUGGAGAAGGUUUUUUUUCAAAAACGUAAAAUAUAUUUAUCUCUUAGGAAAAUCGAGCGCAUCCGAGUGAAUGCAUACACUUAAAAAAAAGAAGAUAAGUUUAUGGUUUAGAAUCCGUCGAGAAUGAGACAUGUUGUGCAAUGUGAUAAGAAAAUAUGUUAUGACAAGAAAAUGUAGUGCGACGAGCUCAUCAUGUUACGUUAUAAUAUAGCUCUCUUCUACAUUUUUCACAGUCCGUUUAGGAUCGUUUUUCGCUUCUUUACCUCAUUCCCGUAACUAAAAAUAAAUUAUUAUGAUUAAAAAGCUUUAAAUUUAAAUUGUAAUUCUGUUGUGUUAGAAACGGUAUUCAACGCUUUUAUGUUGUACAUAUUAAUAUUACUUUUUGAAAAUCAAAUUAUUAUGAGAAAAAAAAUAAUCAUUGUAAUGAAGAAAAUAUAAAAUAGGAACACACGCACACGCGCACACGCGACACGCACACGCACACACACACACACACACACACACACACACACACACACACACACACAUUUGUCCAUUUUUUUUGCAGUAUUAUAAUCACAAAAGUACUGCAAAUUUUUAGUCUUAACAUUUACUUAUAUAUCACAAUGUUGAUUUUACAAUAAAAAUGAAAAAAUAAAUUGUGUAUAAACCGUACUUGUCUAGUUAACUUGACUUUGUUUCGAAAUGACAAUUUAGUAACGUUACUGUAGUUAUCUCAUUUCACAAAUGUUUUUCAAGAUCAUCCAAGUUGAGCAUACUGAGUAGAUCCGCUCCUGUAAAAGAAUUACACACAUAUACAUGUACUGUUGUUUGCUAACUAAUCAUUAUUUAACGAUCACCUUGUACGAUAAAAUGAAGGUUAUUUUCUUUUUCUUUUGUAUUCAUAUUAUUUUCAUAAACCAUUAA